AUGGCAGAAAAAAAUACAUUAGACAGCGUUAGCAAGGACGUAGAUUCCCAACAAGUUGAAAUGAAUGCGUCUGCUGCAGUAGAAGAGGUAGCUACCGAACCCAAAUCAAUGGAUUUACAUGGUACUAUUGAAGACGGUCAGAAAGAUAUUGGUGUCAGACCGGAUUAUGAGGAUAAUAAUGCUAAUUGUGGUAAUGCCGAAGGUUCUACGGAGUGUUUAAAUGCAGUUGAUGAACCAAACGAAGCGGAAUCCGCGAAUUCAUUAGAUAGGACUGUUGCAUCUAGCCAAACGAAAGAGAAUGCUACUGAUGCCAUAAACAAGGAAACGAUGAAUGAUAAGCUAGAAAGAGACGAAGAAGUGGCGAAAAUGGAUGAUAUUGAAGAAGAGACCAAAAAGGAUGAACAAAAUACCACUAAACAGGAUGAGAUCAACGAAAAUGUCACUAAGGAUGAGAUCAAAGAGAAUACUAGUAACCUGGAUGAAAUAGAAGAACAAAUCUCUAGACAGGAUGCAACCAAAGAAGAAGACGCGGCUAAAGUGGAUGGCGACGUCAAAAGCGAGACCGUAUCUGAGGAGAAUGAAAAUGAAAAUGUAGACAAGUUAAUAAACUCAAAGCCCACAGAGAGAGUUGAAUCGUACUCUGAUGAUGAAAUUGAAUUGGACGAAGGGGAGUCGUCAGAUUCAGGUGACUCAAGUGAAGACUCAGACUCGAGUUCCGAUUCCGAUUCAGACUCUGAUUCGAGCUCAGAAGGUGACGAUAAGAAAGUGUUGCCUGACGAUAUAGACGAUUUGGCAGAUGAUGAAGAUGAGCCAUCAAACGGACCAAUUGUUUCAAAAAAUGAGGUAUCUGACGAAUCGGCUCCUAAAUUGCCAGAGAAUUACAAGAUUCCUGAUAAUGCACCUUUGGAACUAAUCGGAGAGAUUACUGGACUAGUUGAAAAAAGUGCCAUUAUCAAGGCCAAUAUUUCGGGAGAAUUCAGGGUACUUAAUGACAGUUCAAUUUUUUGUUUCGAAGAUAGAACUGUAUUAGGGCCAUUGUUUGAAACAUUUGGAAGAUUGCAAUCCCCGAUGUAUCGUGUUAAAUUUGAUGACGAAAAUGAAUUCAACAAACUAAAGGAUAAGAAAGGUGCUAAGGUAUAUUACGUAGUUCCAGAUUCGCAGUUUAUAUACACCGAUACCAUUAAAAAUCUGAAAGGGACAGAUGCAAGUAACUGUCAUGAUGAAGAAUUACCGGAGGAAGAACAAGAAUUCUCAGAUGAUGAAAGAGAAUUAGCAGCUAAACAAUCAAAGAAGAGAAAGAAGAAAACUAAGAAUACCAAAGAUAGUUCUGUGCUGAAUGACCCCCAACCACCAAAACAAUCGAAUAAUAGAAAAAGACAUCAUGGUAACGCUAAUAAUGCAGAGAAUCAAAAUAGUAACCAAAAUUUAAAGUACCAACCAUACGGAUAUCCACAGAAUAAUCAUGCUGAACAAUUUAAUAUACCUCCUGCAAAUACCGUACAGCAUCAGCAUAAUAAUCCAUUGAUUCAUAGUUUACCAAAUCUACAAGUCCAACAGAUUUUGCAGCUUCAACAACAACAACAACAACAACAGCAACAACAACAGCAAGGUUACGUGCCUCAUGUACAACCACCUCAACAACCACCUCAACAGCAUGCUUAUUUUCCAUCACCACAGCAAGCAUACAACCAACCUCAGUUACAAAAUCAAUUCCAAGGUCAUUCACUGGUUUAUGGUAGCCCAUACAAUCAACAUCAGCAACAUAAUAUGUUAGGUCACAAUCAGCAUCCUGUUUAUAAUCCAAACCAACAACUUCCAAAUCCAUAUUUUCCCCAAGGCACCACAAACUCCUAUGUUCCUAAUGUUCCUCAGAAUAAUUAUCAACAAUGGAACCAGGGCCCUCAACAAAAUCAAUUACAACAAUUACAACAACUCGUUGUCAACCACUUAAACGGGCAAACGCAACAACAACCACCAGCAUCCAAUAAUCCGCAAUAUCCUGGAGGAAAUAAUCCACCGCAAAACUAG